CUCACCAAUCUUAUCACAAAUAUCACAUGGAUUAAGCUAAGAAUCUACCAUCUGGCUGCCAUUAUUUGUUUGGUCUAUCAGGGACUGAUGUUGCUGCGAGGGGAGGAGAAAGACAGAGCCACAGAGGAGUUGGUCUUUGAGAGCACACACUCUGAACAGUGAGUUAGCAUCAUUUCAAAGAGAAACAUGCACCUACAAUGUGGUGGAUUUUGAUCUGUGAAAAAUGAGUUGGAUUCUCUCCAUGUGGGUGGCCGCAGCCCUGCUGGCUCUGUGCAUGGGAGAAAGCACAGUGCUUGAAGGAAUGAGCCAGCCUGUGUCCGGCUUCCAUCUGUGUAACCACAAUGAGACGAGGAAUGUGAGUUUCCUGACGAUUCACAAGGUCCCCUACACCGUGACAAAGCAGUGUGGAGACUGGCUCCUGCUGAAGACAUGUACGGUCAAACUUUACAGGAUGCUCCAUCAGACCGAGUACAGGUCAGUGAUGGAGGAGGUGACCAGGUGCUGCGAUGGAUACGAGCAAGUUGGACGUUACUGUGCCCUGCCUGUAAACAGGAGCGGGGAGUUUACUGCCAAGCCAGGAAUUUGUCCAACUGCAGAUGGAUUGGAUGCUGGAUCUGAGGAGGCCUGUGAGUGGGACAUGGACUGUCCAGGCUGGCAGAAAUGCUGCCACAGAUUGGAUCAUUAUCUCUGCACCAAUCCUGCACGUCCAGCUAAUAACUCUGAGAGUGAAGGACGCCGUUUUAAUGCCACAGUGACAGUGAAGGCAGAUUACCAACAAGUGAUGUCCAAAGACGGAGACGGACAUCUGAAUCACAUCAGAUUACUACAAGCCAUGGUAACUGGAGCGCUGCAGGUGGAUGUUUCUGUUUAUUACCUGGGCUCCCGGCCUGUUCAUCCCUACAGAACUGCCACCUCCCUGCUCAUUGAAUGCAACAGCACUCUUUCCCUGCACAAUGUCACGGCUGCGCUGCACCUUCUCCUUGUGUACAUACAGGAGGUGUCAUCUGUUACAGUGGAAGAUAUAAACGAGUGCUCACAUCCUGCUCUGCAUCAGUGCUCCCUUCAUGCAAACUGUACCAACACAGAGGGCUCCUAUCACUGUACCUGCCUCCAAGGAUACACAGACGAGGACCCCAGCAACCCUGGAGCUCAUUGCAGAGAUGAGUCGACGACCAUGGAGCCCACACAUUCCUACGUUCCACCCAUGAACACAACCUACACCCCGGCCUCCGACACCACACAGGAGCCUCUGAAGAGCAGCACUGUAGGUUUUGUCUCCUCCACAGAGAUCAUCGUGACUGCAGAUCUGAGUAUGAGCAGCGUCUCCUCCAGUUCCUCACAUGCUCCACAGUGGACAAGUCCUGCACCUCAAACCACCAUGAGGUCAACCGUGGAGUCAACCCCCCCAACAACCACGUGCUCUCCUUCAAGCGUCUCCAGCGUAUGGUCGGCUGAAGUUACUGGAACUUCCUUUUCCGUCUACUGGUCCAGCCAGUCUCAGACGAACCAGACUUUCCAGGUUGUUGUAAGCAGGGGGUCGGACGUCGUUCAUUUUCAUGGAACCAGUGACACAAUGAUGGAGGUGCAGGGACUGAAGCCUGGGGUGCUCUACAAUGUAACCGUCACACCUUGUGCCUGUGGAAGCCAAGGGGGAACAUUUUCGAUAUCUGUCAAGACUGAUGCUCAGACUCUUGACGCUACAGCACGACUGACCAACAUCAAUUUCACUGCUGAUCUGCAAAACACCAGCAGCCAGGCGUUCAGAAACCUCACUGAGAGUUUCACAGAUGAGAUCUACCAGUCGCUCUCUGCAGAGAUGAAGGCCAUGGUGGAUUCAGGCCUGGUGAGAAUAGUGAUCAAAGGCUUCUCUCCGGGGAGUGUGGUGGUCAACUUCACCCUCAUUGUCACCCCGAGUCAGAGCCAGGACAUCAGUAAUGUGUCUGCAGCUGUGCUAAACUCCCUAAAAAACAGCACCAAAUACACCGUGGAUAUAAACAACACAAGCAUUAAUGAUUUUGAUGAAUGUGCUUCAGGGGAAAAUGACUGUUCCCAAUGGGCUACAUGCACAAACACAUGGGCCUCCUACACAUGUGUCUGCCUGGAUGGAUUUAUAGACCAGAGCACAGAAAGGCCAGGGAGAGCCUGCCAAGUCAAAACUACGGGGACAACGACAUCUGUGACACCCACAAUAUUCUCUACAGUUAGUACGAUCCCUUUCUCUCAAUUAACAACCCAGGCCAGUGUUGUAGCUUUAACCCCUGGAACCACCACUCCAGGGGAAACCACUGUCAUUAAAUCAACAAGUGACACAGACACAUCUACAACACUAGUUUCAACCACUGGUCCAGUCAAAGAAACAGCUGUUCCAGUUGUGAUCCAUGUGCAAGUGACCACCGCUAUGACUGUGACCACCCCUAUCCUUAUAACCACAAGUUCUACCCCAGCAACAACCACUACUCCUCCUAGUACCGCCUUUUUGACCACUGAAACCACCACUCCUGCAUCAAUGCCCACCACUCCUACAUCAAAAACCAGCACUCCUGCAUCAAUGCCCACCACUCCUACAUCAAAAACCAGCACUCCUGCACCUGCAACUACCAUUCCUGCAUCAACGCCCACCACUCCUGCACAUAAAACCACUCCUGCUCCAACAAUGGCCACUACUGCGCGUAAAACUACCUCUCCUGCAACCACAACCACAGCAUCAAUAACCACUACUCCUAUGCUUAAAACCACCAUGACUUCCCCAACACUCGAAUCAACAACUGCCACCCCUGCAUUAACAACCACAACUGCUCCUAAAACCACCACUCCUAUAACUCAGACCACCACUCCUGCACCUACAGCGACCACUUCUACCCCCAAACCCCCCACUACUGUCGCAACAACUGCCUCUUCAACCACUACUACUACCCCAAAAACUACUCCUCCUCUAACCAGUACUCCAGUGAUGACAACACAGACCCAAAUCAAAACCACUAAAGUCCCAACAACAACUACUGCUCAUAAAACGACUACUGCCCCUAGAAAACCCGCUACUCCCCAUAAAACUUCCAAAACUGUCUCAACAACCUCCGCUAUUCCAAUGGCAUCCACUACUUCUAUCCCUAAAACCACCAUCAUCACUACAACCAUAUCUCCUGCCCCGAGUACUACCACCAAUGUCUCUAUACUUGGAGCCAUCUCGGCCCAGUGUAGGGCUGCUGCCAUCACAGUGACUGUCGCCAAAGGUUUCCUUCAGAGCGCCAACAUCAGGGAAAGCACUCUUUACUUGGGACUGCCUGAAUGUGGUCUAAAUGUAAGGAAUACCACCCAUGCAGAGCUAACCGUGGCUUGGAAUGAGUGUGCCACCAGGCUUGUGCAAAAUGAAACAUUCUUCACAGCAUCUGUGACUUUGUUUAACUCCAUGGAUCCAUACGUCUUACCCAGUGGAGCAGUGGAGGCUCCAAAGUUACGACUGGAGGUUCCCAUCGUGUGUACCUACAUGAAGAGCAUGCUUAUCUCCGCUGACUUUGGUUCAACAGGGUAUGACAUGAUCAAAGAUGUCAUCACGGGCUCUGGGGUGUUCCAGGUGACAGUGCAGCUGAUGAACGGCACAAUACCUCUGCCCCACAACUACAGCAUGUCGUCAGAGGAGGAUGUGGUGGUGGAGGUCAGCCUAAACACCUCCUCCGAGCAGAUUAAAAUAGUCAUCAGCAAAUGCUGGGCCACUCCCACCCCAAACCCUGGAGACACCUACAGCCACACCUUCCUGGAGAACAGCUGCUCCCUGAACUCUUUCACCAAAGUGCUGACAAACGGGAACUCCAGCACAUCACGUUUGUCUGUCAAGAUUUUCUCCAUCGUCGACCUGGACGUCAUCUAUCUGCACUGCCAGGUCCAGAUCUGUGUGCAGAUGGGAUCAGAUACCUGUGUGCCCGAUUGUCUUCAAAGAGCAGCUCGGUCUUCAAACACAAUAGGGACAGCUUUGGGCACAUUCGGGCCGAUACUGAGGUCAGACGAAGAGUCCCUGGAGGAGGAGUUCAACACUUUGUACGUGGCCGGACUCGCCUGCAUUGGAAUCGGCGUUUCGCUCAUCUUCAUCAUUGGUUUCGUCUGCCUCUUCUACUACCAAAGGAACCGAAUCGGACACUACAACUUCAGCGUCAAACCCAAACAGGAGAACUUCACCUACCUGGUCUUCAACACCUAGAGUGGCUGGCUGCAACGAGAGGACAUUUGGUAGGCUGAUACCUUCUAGUUACCACUGGGUGUCGCUGUUGCAUCAUUUAUUUAUUAAAUAUCAAACAUUGCAAAUCUUUGCACAUUCUACAUUUAACAGAGAUUAUAUUCACAUUUCACCUUCACUCUUCAUAUACAUAAUAUAUUAAAAUAAUAUAGUAGAUGUACACUGGACUAUAGAAUAUGGAGUCUUUGAUUUUUCCUAAAUAGUUAAGAGAUCAAUAAGGAUGAAAUGCAAACACUUUGUAGAAGUUUUAUUUUUUCUAUUCAUAAAAAAAUGAAGACCAUAUCUGUGGUGCAUUGUGGGAUUUGUAGUGCAUUCUUAAAGUUGAAUGACUACAUGCAUAAAGCUGUUUGGAUGACUUCAUCAACAGUGAUUUAAUAUUUUAGAUAUUACUCAUAAUAUCGUGAGUUCAGGUAUCUUAUUGAAGCUGUUGACUUGUUUUGGAGACCGUCUGAUGGUACUCAUGAUGGUUCAUGACUGACCUCGACAAACAUCAGAAAGGACUCACGUAAAGUGUGCGUUGUAAAGCAUGUAGUAACAUAAGGUUUAACUGUGUGUGUAAGUAAAGUGAAUGAAGAUGCAUCUAUGAAAAAUCAGUUUUAGGGCCAAAAAUGAUGAAAAAUAAAUAAUAAGAGGAGGAAUAUUUUAUACACCGUUAUGUUGAAAUUUAGAGAGGAAAAAGUCGACAUAUCAAGUCCAAAAUAAUUUUCAAAAUAAUUUUAUUGAGAAGUAUUGAGAACAGAAACUAGAAAUCAAGAGGAAAAAAGUCAAAAUGUAGAAAAGUAUUGAAAAUCAUUCUGAAAUGUUAGAUAUAUUUAGAUUAAGUCAAAAUACUUUCUGGAAAUAAAUUUAAAAUGUAGAGAAAAAAGUAAAACUAUGAAGAAAUAAAAAGAUAUCGAGAUUAAGUCGAAACACAACUUCAGAAUUUAAUUUAAAAUAUUGAGAAAAAGUCAAAAUCAAGAGAAUCUAGAUUUGUGAAAUGUUGACUUCAUUCUCUAAAUUGUAUUGCAAUUUAAUUCGCAUCAUUUCAAUUUUUUUUUCUGACAUUUAAACUUUAUUCUCGAGGUUAAGAAUUGAAACAAAUCAGAAUCAGAAUCGAGGUUUAUUGCCAAGUACAUUUACACAUACAAGGAAUUUGACUUGGUGUAUUGGUGCUAAACAAUUAACAAUCUUCCUCCUCUCUUUAUUCCUACCUCACGCCCAUGGCCCUAAUCCUCUCCCGUAAAUAAAAGAGAAUAAAACUUAAAUUAAAUAAUGAAAUCUUCAUUGUUUAUUUCAGGCUUUAUUUCCACUAUAGGAUAAAAUGUGUGUUUAACAACAUUCAACCAACAACAUUUUGAGCCUCUGCACAAGUUAAAUUCAUCACCAGCCGCUUUACACACUUGUGCCCACGUACAUGAGAGAAGGACGCUUGUGUAUGAAAACGUAUCUCACUUUACUUUCUACCAACAGUGAACCAGAAAGCACUACAGACAUGGUCUUCAUAGAAAGCCUUACUUUUUAAAAGCUGAGACUAAAACAGUUUACAGAAACAUGGGCUGUUAUAACACUUGAGUGUAAAUGUACCAAACUGACCUCAGAUUAUAAAAAGCACAUUCAUAAAUACCCGCUGACUAUGAUGAAUGUCUCACUAUAUUUGACGUUUGAAUUUGUAAAGGAACGAGUUUGCACUAAACCAGCUUGUUUUGCAUAUUUUUGCAUAUACGGUGAUGUAUGUAUGGUCAAAUAUGGUCGUGAAAUAUAGAAUCUGCAGUACUGUUCAAGCACAGUUAUCACUUUACUUUCUUUUAGCUGCUAUUUUUAUAAAAUAAAUGUUGUUUUUUGUACUUUGUAAUGUGUGCUGCAUGUGAAAUAUCUCCUGUUUUUAUUACUUGUUCAAACUUUUACUGUGUUGUAAAUGUUGUGACAAUAAAUACAUGUCUUGUAUGAGUUGAGACACAA